GUGUGUGCUGCCAAACAUGAUGGCAGACUGCCACAGAUCACUUCUGAGGAAAGAGGAGGCGUUCAGCUUCCUCAUAGUUUCACACCUGCAUGAAGCAGCCUCACCCUGACAGCUUCAAAUCACUGUGUCAGCUGAUCACUUCCUGUCCUGUGAUUGGCUGAGCUUCAGGCCUUCUCUCAGUCAAACUGGAAACAGGGAUUGAGACAGUGUGAGGGUUUGUGGAGUGCCACAGUGCUGUAAUGAAUACUGUAGUGGAAGAAGUUCUUUCACACUCUUCAUCCUGGAGCUGCUUUAUGUCCAUGAUCUGCAUGGAAACACAUCUAUGGAGAGGAAAUCCAGCUGCUGAGGGUCACAUCUGCAUCAUUGUAGCUACAGUGGAUGUUUCAGUGUCAGGACUGAAGGUGGAGCUUUGUGCGUGUCAGGGUGAGGCCGCAGCAGCCGCCUCCAACCGGAGCGCUCGGGCGUGAAACUAGGAGGAAAGCCGACGUCCUCCUCUUUCCUCAGAAGUGAUCUGUGGCCGGCCGGACUUCAUUCCACAGAUGUGCUUUAACAAAGUGUGAAGCUGAACUCUGAGCUGUGACAGUGUGAGCAGUGUGAGAGUGUCAGUAGAUGAUCAGCAGAGGAAAGUGAGAGCUGCUGUGAGCUGAUGUCCUGAAGGGCUUUUAAAGAGUCUCUGAGUUUGACAGGAACAUGAAGAUGUUUGUGGUGUUUGUGAUCCUCCUGCACGUUUCCCAGCAUGCCCUGGCUGUGGUGGUGGAGGUGAAUGAGGGGGAAGACUCCGUCCUUCUGCCCUGUCAGUUCUCAGGUUUAAUACCUUUGGACCCCACAGUAACAUGGACUCGCAACGAUCUCAAUCCCAAAUCUGUCCAUGUGAGACAAGAACAAAGAGACGAUCUCAGAGGACAAAACCAGGGUUACAGCUGGCGCACGUCGAUGAGGCCUGAUGCUCUGGAAACUGGAGACUUCAGCCUCACUCUGAAAAACCUGCAGCUGACUGACAGUGGAAAAUACACCUGCACACUCAGCAAUGAAAGAAAUGAAGUGAGAGUGGGAGAUGUACAGCUGCAGGUCAAAGACCAGCAGGUGGAGGUGAAGGUGGAGGAAGGGUCAGACUCCAUCAUUCUGCCCUGCAAAACAACAGCUGACCUGCCCAAGGACACUAGAGUAGAGUGGACUCGCUCUGACCUGAAGCAGAUAGUUGUCCAUGUGUAUUCAAACAGAAGAGACAAUGUUACAGACCGGGAUGACCUUUACUAUGGCCGCACAAAGAUGAAUGAAGACUUGCUGAGAACCGGAGACCUCAGUCUGACCCUGAAAUACCCCACAGAGAGAGACAGUGGAGGAUACAUCUGCACCAUCUACAGGGACAAAGACAUCCUGAGACAGAAAGUAGUGCUGAAGGUCAAAGAACCGUUUCCAUCCUGGGCCAAAGCUCUCCUGCUUCUCCUGGUUCUUCUUGUGGUUUCCGGAGGACUCAUAUUUUAUUUCCGGCACUAUUUCAUGUCAGGUUACAAGGUGGAGGUGGAUUCAGAGGUGGAGUCUGUCCUGCUGCCCUGCAAAACCACAGUUUGCCUGCCUAAAGAUGCUAAAGUGGAGUGGAAGGACAUGAAAGACAGGAAGGUCCAUGUGUAUAAGAACGGCUCUGACCAGCCUGGAGAACAGGACCAGGUUUACAGAGAACGAACGGAGAUGAAGAGAAAAUGGCUCAAAACUGGAGACCUCAGUCUGACCCUGAAACAUCCCAAAGACAGUGACACCUACAUCUGCACCAUCUACAGCAGUGACGGAAAGAUGCUGAUGAAGAAGGAUGUGCUGCUUACUGUCAGAGGUGAUAAGGUGGAGGUGGAUUCAGGGAUGGAGUCUGUCCAGCUGCCCUGCAAAACCACAGUUUUCCUGCCUAAAGAUGCUAAAGUGGAGUGGAAGGACAUGAACAACAGGAAGGUCCACGUGUAUCAGAACAGCUCUGACCAGCCCGAAAAACAGAACCAGGAUUACAGAGGCCGAACGAACAUGAAAAAGGACCUGCUGAAAACUGGAGACCUCAGUCUGACCCUGAAGCACCCCACAGAGAGAGACACAAACACCUACACUUGUACCCUCUACAAUCAGCAGGGAAACAUCCUGAUGAAGAAGGAAGUGCUGCUCGUUGUCAGAGUUCACAAGGUGGAGGUGGAUUCAGGCAUGGAGUCUGUCCAGCUUCCCUGCAAAACCUCAGUUCAACUGUCUAAAGACAUUAACGUGGAGUGGAAGGACAAAUAUGGAAAGGUCCACGUGUAUAAGAACGGCUCUGACCAGCCUGAAGAACAGGAACAGGAUUACAGAGGACGAACAAAGAUGAAUAAAGACCUGCUGAAAACUGGAGACCUCAGUCUGACCCUGAAAUACCCCACAGAGAGAGACACAAACACCUACACCUGCACCGUCUACAUGGAGGGAAAAAUCCUGAUGAAGAAAGAAGUGGAGCUGAAAGUCAAAGACUGUCAGGUAGACGUGGAGGAGGGGGAGAAGUUUGCAAAGCUGCCUUUCCAAACCACAGCUGAGCUUCCUGAAAAGGCCACAGUGAAGUGGGAACGAUAUAAACCAGAAUACAUGAUGGUUCACAUGUGUCAGAGUGGAUCUGACCAGCCUGACAAACAGCACAAGGAUUACAGAGACCGAACGAAGAUGAAUGAAGACCUGCUGAAAACUGGAGACCUCAGUCUGACCCUGAAACAUCCCACAGAGAGAGACAGUGGAGAAUACAGCUGUGUGGUCAUCAGUGGGGACAUCUGGAGGAAGAAAACAGUGCUGCUCACAGUCACAGUCCAAAAACUGGAGGUCGAUUCAGGGGUGGAGUCUGUCCAGCUGCCUUUUAAAACCACAGGAAACCUGCCUGAAGAUGCUAAAGUGGAGUGGAAGGGUAAAUACGGAAAGGUCCACGUGUAUGAGAACGGCUCUGACCAGCCUGAAGAGCAGGAACAGGAUUACAGAAACCGAACAGAGAUGAAUGAAGACCUGCUGAAAACUGGAGACCUCAGUCUGACCCUGAAAUACCCCACAGAUGGAGAUACACAAGUCUACACCUGCACCGUCUACGGCAGGGAGGGAAACAUCCUGAUGAAGAAGGAAGUGCAGCUGAAAGUCCGAGACUGUCAGAUGAUCAUAGAGGAGGGGAUGGAGUUUGCAAAGCUGCCUUUCCAAACCACAGCUGAGCUUCCUGAAAAGGCCACAGUGAAGUGGGAACGAUAUAAACCAGAAUACAUGAUGGUUCACAUGUGUCAGAGUGGAUCUGACCAGCCUGACAAACAGCACAAGGAUUACAGAUACCGAACAAGAGUGAAUGAAGACCUGCUGAGAACUGGAGACCUCAGUCUGACCCUGAAACACCCCACAGAGAGAGACAGUGGAGAAUACAGCUGUGUGGUCAUCAGUGGGGACAUCUGGAGGAAGAAAACAGUGCUGCUCACAGUCACAGGGAGAGUUCAGGUCCAGGAUCAAACAGGGGACAUCAGGAACAGAAUUACGGAGCAGUUCAAAACUAGCCAUGAGAAGAUCAACAGAAUGAUAUGA